CCCUACUACCCCGGCCACAAGGUCCCCCCUCCCCCUCCCUCCUACGAGGUCCCCGCCGGCCCUGUUGACGCUCCCUACGCCUUCGAGUCCCUCCACGGCUUCAACAAGAAGAAGGGCGCCUACCACGUGCCCGAGCACGUCCCCUCCGGCUCCGGCGCGGGCGUGAUCGCGGCCGGCGCGCAGCAGCACGUGCACCACCACUUCCACCACGCCGACAACACCGUGGCCUCCCUGGCCGGCGGCACCGCGGGCAUCGGCGGCAGCCCCGUCGGCCCCGUCAACAGCGGCAUCAACGGCAUCACCGGCGCCCGCCCCGUGUACGAGAGCGCCGGCUCCGGCCUGGGCGGCUACGGCAGCUCCUACGCCCCGGCGGCCAGCUCCUACAACCCCGCCACCACCGGCUUCACCCCUGGCCCCGUCUACCCGCCCAACCAGGCCUUCUACAAGAAGGAGCUCAACCUGAAGCAGCCCGUCGCCAACAGCCUGGGCGGCUCCCCCUACGGCAACCGCUACGCCUCCGAGACCGGCCGCGCCGAGGGCGGCGACUGCUUCUGCGUGCCCGUCGAGCAGUGCCCGGCGCACGAGAUCCUCCGCAAGGAGGACGGCAACGGCUUCAUCGACCCGCGUAACGCCCCCGGCAGCGACAUCCUGGCCGACGAGCCGGUCGUCACCGACGAGAACGGCACCAUCGUCUCCCCGGCGGCCGGCGCACAGGCGGAGGACAAGGAGGGCGCAGCCACGGAGGAGGACAAGAAGGUAGAGGGCGACGCCGAGGAAAAGAAAGAGGGCGAUGAGAAGAAGGACGAAGUGAAACAGCGCCGCAAGAGGCAGACCAGCAACGGCAGUGACAGCGGGCGCCUCUUCGGGGUCAACAACUACCAGGGCCUGCAGAGCGCUAUGCAGAACGCUCAGGUGCAGCCCACAUUCGGCCUCUCGUUCGGCCUGCCCAACCAGGGCGCGCAGGGCCUGUACCCGUUAGCCGGUCACGGCCCCUUCCCGCUCGGCAACCCCGCCGCAGCCGGGGGAGGCAUCGACCUGGGCCCCAUCGCCGUCAAUCCGCUCGUGUCUGUGCAAGUCACCAAGGACCAGUACGGCGCCAAGGUGGUCAAGCCGUUCGUCAACUUGCACGUGACGCCGAACCCGUAUCUCGUGUCCAAGUUCUUGCACAGCCUGCACAACAAGCACCAGUACAAGCACGACCACUUCCACAAGCACUACUUCUACCACAAGAGGCCGCACUACAAGCCAGCUUUCAUCCACGACCAUCCUCCGCCUUACCUUCACCAUGGGCCCCACGACUACGGCUACGCUCCGGACUUCCACGGCUACCGCGCUGACGACGUCCUGGUCGGCCCCGGCGGCCCCAUCGGCGGCCCAGUCCACGGUCACGGUCCCCAUGGUCCCGGCGUGCUGACCGGUCCCGACUACCCAUCGCACUACCCUUCGCACGGCCCCGGUCCCUUGGUCGGCCCCGACUACCCUUCGCACGGCCCCGGCCCAUUGGUUGGCCCCGACUACCCUUCGCACGGCCCUGGCCCCUUGGUUGGCCCCGACUACCCCUCGCACGGCCCCGGCUCCGGCCCCCUCGUUGGCCCCGGCUACUCCGGCCACCCCUCCGACUACCCGGACACCUACGCGCCCGCACACGCCGCGGGCUACGGCGGCGGUUACGGUAGUUUCGCCGAGCCGCCCCUGGACGCGGGCUUCAGGCAACCCAGCGGCGGCUACGUCUCGGACCACGACGACCAGUACGCCGGCGUCUACCGCAGCAACUACAACCGCUCGCUGUCCUUCCCCACGGACGGUACCGCUAGCGACCCGCCCCGCCCCCCGUACCAGCCGGGACCCCUGCCGCUCGCCAAGAGCGACGCCAACAGCGCCGUCAGCAAGCCCCUCGUCUUCCCCAGCGACCGGCGGAGCGACCGGCGGCGCCGGGAGGCCGAGCCGGCCGAGGCCCCCGAGGGCGUGGAAGAGAGUGAGGGAGUUGUCGAUGGAGAAGUUGACGCGGAGGGCAGAGGGGCGCAAAAGCGCCAGGCGUUCUACGGCAACGGCAACGGCCUCGGCCCCCGCUGCGGCCCCCGCCACGUCUGCUGCCGCCGGCCCGCCCGCCAGAGCCCCGUGUACCGCCCUCAGCCCCAGCGCGGCCAGUGCGGCCGCAGGCAGGCGCAGGGCAUCAACGGCCGCAUCAAGAACCCAGUGUACGUGGACGGCGACUCCGAGUUCGGCGAGUACCCCUGGCAGGUGGCCAUCCUCAAGAAGGACCCCAACGAGAGCGUGUACGUCUGCGGGGGCACCCUCAUUGACGCCGUCCACAUCAUCACCGCCGCCCACUGCAUCAAGAGCUACGCCGCCCAGGACCUGCGCGUGCGUCUCGGAGAGUGGGACGUGAACCACGACGUAGAGUUCUACCCGCACGUCGAGAGGGACGUGUCCGCAGUGGUGGUGCACCCCGAGUUCUACGCCGGCACCCUGUACAACGACCUGGCCAUCAUCCGCCUCGUGUCCGCCGUCGACUUCUCGCAGUCGCCGCACAUCUCGCCCGCCUGCCUGCCCGACCAAUACACCGAGUACGCCGGCAGCCGCUGCUGGACCACCGGCUGGGGCAAGGACGCGUUCGGUGACUUCGGCAAAUACCAGAACAUCCUGAAGGAGGUGGACGUCCCCGUCGUGUCGCACCAGCAGUGCGAGCGCCAGCUGCAGCAGACCAGGCUGGGCUACGACUUCAAGUUGCACCAGGGCUUCGUCUGCGCUGGCGGCGAGGAGGGCAAGGACGCUUGCAAGGGUGACGGCGGCGGCCCCAUGGUUUGCGAGCGAGGAGGCUCAUGGCACGUGGUGGGCGUCGUCAGCUGGGGUGUGGGCUGCGGACAGAGCGGCGUCCCCGGCGUCUACGUCAAAGUGGCGCACUAUCUGGACUGGAUCCGACAGGUCACCAACCGCUUCUAGUCUCCGGUACGACAAGACUGUGUCUCGGGACAGCCCGGUGAGAAGUUUGGUGGUGGUCCCUUCUCUUCUCGGUCGCGAUGCACUCAUCUAAUGCAUUUCAACAAUCAUUUCAUUGCACUUUGAUUCAACGUUUAGAAAGGUAAUAUUGAGCGCCAUUUCCAUUUAUCAGCAGCCAUUAUUCAAGGAAGGUCCAUUCCUUGUCAUUCACUGCACUCUAACUUUAAGAGUACAAAUAUGUGAUGCGUUUUUCAUUUGGUGAUUUAUUUAAUAUUAUUUAUUAAUUUUUUCUCAUUC